ACUGGUCACGACGACAAGUUGAUCGUUAGUUCUCUCGAUAGGAUCCUUGCGGGAUUGUUCGAGACUCAUUGGAGAAUCGAUCGAUAAAGCUCGUGGUGAAAUCGUUCGACGCGUUGAUCAUUUUUCUCGUGUUCCGGGUGUUGUGUCCGGACGGACGAAGAGUGUUGAGAAGCAACAAUGUGGUUACGCCGAGGGUUGAUUUUGUGUGCGGCGCUCGUUGGAGCUUUGGCGGCGCCGAAUCCAAGCGGUUGCUCGGACUUGUGCACGACGGUGUUUAAAGAUCCUUCGGAGCGUGACACUCGUCACCGAGUCGGUGGUGACGUGAUGAGAAGAGCUCACAGCAGCUAUCACCAAGAACUUCAUUCGGAGCAUUCAACGGCUUACGAGUCGCCCCAUUCCUUGCCGUUGCAAACAGCCGAGGCUAUCUCGCAUGCAACUCGAGGCUCGAACACGUUGAACGAAGGUGACAAUUGGCACAGAGCUGAUUCGUGGACCACGGACGACGGGCACGGGCGCGUUCACGAGGAAGAAGGUCAAGUCGUUACCGGUCCAACGAAAAUCAAGUAUUACCGGAAGAAUUACACAGCGAGUUACGCUUCCGGGGACGACGUUUCACGUGUUCUGUCUCAGCCCUCGGUCUCUUCGGAUCUCGUCAACGUCCAGGAACAGCUGGAUCGCAUGCGUAAGGAGUUCGACAGUUAUGGCCGCGAGACUCAUCGAACAAACGUGCUCGUGGGCUCGACAAAUCAGAGGUACAAUCGUCCCGUUCAGGUUGGUAACAAUUAUGCUGAAACAGUGCACCAGAGUUAUGAAACAGAUAAUCGAGGAUCCGGCGUAGAUCUCGUGAAUGUACAAAUUCCGGUGACGACCAAUCACGGAUAUAUCCGUCCGGCUCAGACUGGUAGCAAUUACGUUGAAACGGUGCAGCAGACUUAUGGAACGAGUCAUGAACGCGAACAUGCCAGGGCACCGGUCAGAACCAAUCCAGGAUACGAUCGUCCGACUCAAGUUGGCAACAAUUACGCUGAAACGAUCGAGCACACUUAUGAAACGAAUCGUCAUACAUCUGGUGUUAAUGUCGACGGCACAUCUGGCUACGGGCAACGAUUUUACGUCGUUCCGACCCACUCACUCCCCACCGUCCAGUCCACUUUAAAUACUCAGCAAGUUUACCACGGAACUGUGACGCCGGUUCACUCGCAGCCGAUUAUUCGAGUUCCCAUACACGUUCGCCCCGUCGACGAAGCCUCCAUCGCUGCCACAACCCACUCUCAAGUUGUUCGGACUUCCGGGGAAUCAAGCCAUCAGACUCACGUUCCAAAUUUGGGUCCAAGACCCGCGGCUUACGACGACUCCCAAACUGUCCAGGUGGUCAACUUCUACCAGGGAUCCUCACCGGUGGGACGUUACGAGGAACACUGGAGUCAAUCGGGCCAUCGUAGCGAAGGCACCGUCCCUCAUGUCACCACUGGACAGGUCGUUCAUGGAGCAAAUGCGGACUACACUCGAGGCGGACACUCCAACAGCAAUCGGCAAGCAAGCUCUUGGAGCGAAACCAAAACCCACGAGAGCCAACGUGUUUCUGGUCAAAUUUAUGGCAGUCCGAAUAACGGUGAUUUGACUCUUGGGGUUGUUGACCUUGGCCAUCAAGAGGGAGGCGCCGAUUGCCACGGCAACACCGGAAGAAAAUUCAAACGCGAUACGAGCCUCCAUCAGCGACCCCAGAUGGAACAAGCCGCACAUUUGGAAUUUGGACAGGACCACGAAGAUCUUUCUCAGCAGACGACCGCUCAUCUGGAAUCUCAACAGAUCUCUCAGGGUGGAGAUUAUUUUGGACAGCUCCAAUUUGGUCAUGGGCAUGAAGAUCACUUUGGGAAAGCAAAACUUGGUAAUCAUUUGGAAGGAGAAUACGAACACGGUGACCAACAAGGUGCAGUUUAUCGUCGUCAUCACGAGCAUCGACACCAUCAUCAUCACGAACAUUCUGAAUCUAGUCAUCAACGUCACGGGCAUGUUAAUCAAUUCGAAUUUGGUCAUAGGAGCGAACAAAGCCAGGAUUUUACUCAACAAACUCAUGGUCUUGGACACCACGAAUUCGAUCAAAGCAGUCAGCACAGUCAGGAUUUAACUCAACAGACGAGUGGUUUUGGGAAUCUCGAAUUCGGCCACGGAAGUCAGCACAGUCAGGAUUUAACUCAACAGACGAGUGGUUUUGGAAAUCUCGAAUUCGGCCACGGAAGUCAGCACAGUCAGGAUUUAACUCAACAGACGAGUGGUUUUGGAAAUCUCGAAUUCGGCCACGGAAGUCAGCACAGUCAGGAUUUAACUCAACAGACGAGUGGUUUUGGUAAACUCGAAUUCGGUCACGGAAGCCAGCAGAGCCAGGAUUUAACUCAACAAACUCAUGGUUUUGGACACCACGAAUUCGAUCAAAGCAGUCAGCACAGUCAGGAUUUAACUCAACAGACGAGUGGUUUUGGGAAUCUCGAAUUCGGUCACGGAAGUCAGCACAGUCAGGAUUUAACUCAACAGACGAGUGGUUUUGGGAAUCUCGAAUUCGGCCACGGAAGUCAGCACAGUCAGGAUUUAACUCAACAGACGAGUGGUUUUGGAAAUCUCGAAUUCGGUCACGGAAGUCAGCAGAGCCAGGAUUUGACUCAACAAACACAUGGUUACGGACACGACGAAUUUGAUCAGAGCAGUCAACAUAGUCAGGAUCUGACUCAACAAAGCGACGGUUUUAGUCAACUCGAAUUCGGGCACGGCAGUCAACAGAAUCAGGACCUCACUCAGCAAACAAGUGGCUUUGGAAAGCUCGAAGUCGGACACGACGGCCAGCAGAGCCAAGAUUUGACUCAACAAUCUCAUGGUUACGGACACGACGAAUUUGAUCAGAGCAAUCAGCACAGUCAGGAUCUGACUCAACAGAGCGAUAAUUUUGGUCAACUUGAAUUUGGACACGACAGUCAACAGAGCCAGGAUUUGACUCAACAAACCGACAGCUUCAAACCACAUAAUUUCGACCACGGUAGCCAACAAAGUGAGGAUUUAACUCAACAGACCAGUGGAAAUCUCGAGUUUGGCCAUGAAUUACAACACGAGCAAAGUUCAAUUCAACAAAGCAGCGGAUUUGGGAAACUUGAAUUUGGACACGACAAUCAACAGAGCUCAGACUUGACUCAACAAUCUUCUGGUUUCGGACAUCAAGAAUUCGAUCAAAGUAGUCAAUUGAGCCAAGACACGACUCAACAGAGCAGCGGUUUUGGAAAACCUGAAAUCGCUCACGAGAUGCAACAUGACCAAGAUUUGUCACAACAAACUAAUAAAUUCCUAGAAAUUGAAUCUGCUUACAGCAGUCAACAAAGUCAAGAUUUAACUCAACAAAGCAGCGGUUUCGGUAAGCUCGAACCGGGAGAACACAGCCAGGAUUUAACUCAACAAACGAGUGGUUUUGGUAAGCUCGAAUUUGCUGGAAAUAGUCAACAAAGCCAGGAUUUAACUCAACAAACUAGUGGUUUUGGGAAGCUCGAAUCAGGCGAAAAUAGCCAACACAGCCAAGAUUUAACUCAACAGAGCGGUGGUUUCGGUAAACUUGAAUUAGGAGAAAAUAGCCAGCACAGCCAAGAUUUGACUCAGCAAACUAGUGGUUUUGGUAAGCUCGAAUUAGAAGAUAGCCAACACAGCCAAGAUUUAACUCAACAAACUGGUGGUUUUGGUCAGCUCGAAUUUGGUGGAAAUAGUCAACAAAGCCAGGAUUUAACUCAACAAACUAGUGGAUUUGGUAAGCUCGAAUUUGGAAAAGACAGUCAACAGGAUCAAGAUUUGACCCAACAAACCCACAGCUUUGGACAUCGUGGCUUUGAUCAAAGCAAUCAGCACAGCCAGGAUUUAACUCAACAAACUAGUGGAUUUGGUAAGCUCGAAUUAGGAGAAGAUAGCCAACACAGCCAAGAUUUGACACAACAGAGCAGCGAUUUUGGUAAGCUCGAAUUUGGUGGAAAUAGUCAACAAAGCCAGGAUUUAACUCAACAAACUAGUGGAUUUGGUAAGCUUGAAUUUGGAAAAGACAGUCAACAGGAUCAAGAUUUGACCCAACAAACCCACAGCUUUGGACAUCGUGGCUUUGAUCAAAGCAAUCAACACAGCCAAGAUUUAACUCAACAAACUGGUGGAUUCGGUAAGCCUGAAUUUGAUGGAAAUAGUCAACAAAGUCAAGACUUGACUCAACAGAGCAGCGGUUUUGGUAAGCUCGAAGUAGGAGACGAUAGCCAACACGGUCAAGAUUUAACUCAACAAACUAGUGGAUUUGGUAGGCUCGAAUUUGGAAAAAUCAGUCAACAGGAUCGAGAUUUGACUCAACAAACCCACAGCUUUGGACAUCGUGGAUUUGAUCAAAGCAGCCAACAGAGCCAAGAUUCGACUCAACAAAGCAGCAGUUUUGGCGAUCUGGAAUUUGGACACAACAGUCAACAGAACGCAGAUUCGAAUCAAAUGUCCCAUGGCUUCGGACAUCACUCAAAGUCCGGUGAAGCAAGUCAGUACAAUAAAGAUUCAAUUCAACAAAGUAGUCAUUUGGAAGGACACAAUAUUGGAAUAAGUACCACAAGCAAUCAAAAUAUAAAUUCUCAAUACCAUCAAAACAGUCACUAUAAUAAAGAUCUAAAUAUCCAAACUGAUUCUACCGAGUAUGUUCAAAACUCAAAAUUCAAUCCAUAUAAUAUAGAAACGACUACACCAGAAAUAUUUCAUGAAAUAACAACAAGACCAUACAGACCCGCAAAUAUAGGAGUGAAAGGUCGAAGAAAAGGUGGAAGGAGACCAACGACCGAGGCACCAAAAAUAUGGAGCACAAACGAAGAAUCCGGAGAUACGAAUAUCCCCAACAUCCGUUACGUGCCUUUCGAUACACAGCCAGAAUUGGAUUUGGAAAAUCACAGAAGUCAAUCAGAGUUCGGAAAAGGAAAAUAUUCUAAUCGCUUGAACAUGGAAGAUCCAGUCCAGAGAGCAAACGUUCCUUUGUCCGAGAGAACCAAGGAGCAACACUCGUCCCAUGGACUAGGCCAAUCAUCAAAACCGGAGGAUGAUAUAAUGUUCCAGCCAAGAAUUUUAGAAGUAUAUGGAGGAAACGGUCCCUAUGGUCCUCCUAUCGAUGAUUCAGUCUAUGCAAAUGUCAAGCCAAACCCGAGUGCAACGCUUCCUCCAAGGGGCUACGAUCCCUGGGACAUCAGAGAAAAACCACUGAAUCCUGUAGACCCUAUUGAAGAAGUUUUUGGAAAAGGAAAAGUGAUCCCGGAAGAAGCAGCACCUGAAGUUUCUCCAGAAAUCACAACUACAACAGAAGCCCCAGGAUUUUGGAAAAGGGUAGGCAACAAAUUGGGUAAUGCUUAUGAAAAAGCUAAGGAAAAAGCAGGCAGUAUCUUUGGAAAGUAGGCAAAAACUAAUGUAUUCGGCCUCUCGAGGCACUUUUUUUCGAUUUAAGUUUUCUCUGUGUACUCACAACAAUGUAUGAAGAAUGACUGUAAAACCUAUGUACAAACUUUAACACCGAAAUAUCAAAAAUUUUUUUACGAUUUGUGCGAUAAAAA